AUUCCUUUAUAUUUUUAAGAUUAGCAUUUUUAUUUAUAUUCUUUUCUCCCUCCUUUUCCUCCUUCCCCCUCCCCCAUAAGAUUAGUGUCAUCUAGCGAUGCACGACGAAUUUAAUCAGUCGAAAACAUCGUGACCGACGAGCUUGAGGGUCCGCAGUGCCUCCGCGAUAUAUCCAUAUCCCGAACGAGUUAAUGGAGGACGACGAUGUGUCUCGAUAGGAUACGCGAUCGGAAGUUCACGUUCGCCGCGUAAACGCGGAGUGAAACGCCGUCCUGCUUUUCCAUGCCUGUCAUCCUAACGAAACAAUAACUCUCACAGACGUAGACAAGGACGUUUCGGCUAAAUGGGGAAAGUCAAGAAAAGACCAGAGUUGCUCCACCGCAGCAAAUCACAGAAUAUACUGCGUAACUUAAUGCUAAGGGAUUGUGGAUUGCGUACAACGCAUAAGACCAGCACGCGCGAGUUGGAGCCAAUAGCUGAAGCAAACUUUGUGCUGAGGGACCACAAGGAAUUGAAAUGUGAAUUGCCUGGUGUUCCUAGAGCUACUUUUCUAAUGGUUUUCAGUCCUGAUGGGACCAUGGUAGCAUCUACACAUGGGAAUCACAAUGUUUAUAUCACGGAAAUCACAACGGGAAAAAAUAUUAGAAUCUUAUCCGGACAUCCACGUACUCCUUGGUGCAUAGCUUUUCAUCCAUCCUCCAGUCAGAUCUUAGCAUCCGGUUGUCUAGGGGGUCAAGUUCGUGUGUGGGACUUAAGUGGUGGUAGCGAAAUUUGGAAUGCCGAUAGCCAUACUGUCAUUGCCUCGCUUGCGUUUCAUCCCUUUGAAAGAUUGUUAGUUAUAGCCACGUAUAAUGAAAUUCACUUUUGGGAUUGGAGUAAGUCUCAACCCUUUGCUGUAACAGCUACAAAGACUGACAAGGAAAAAGUGAGAUAUGUAGCUUUUGACAAUUUAGGAAGAAAACUAAUCACAGGUAUCGCGAAUACGCCGCAAGUACAAUCACAAUGGGAUCGAGCUCCUGUGGGACAGUUACUUAGAACUAGUUUGAUGAACUUUAGGUAUCAACCGCGAGAAAAUUUUCCGGAUAUUGAACUUUCACCUUUUCACUUGUGGAACCAUGGCUCUUUUUAUGGAAGAGGAUUGGCGGAUGGAACUGCUGACAGAACAUCUCGUGCAUAUCUGUUUAUGCGCAGUUUCUCACGAGCCGCCAAUCACCAACAAUUUAGAAAUAGUGCGCGACAGGAAGAAGCUCGAUUUCAGCGACGACGAAAUUUAUCUGAAGAACUGAAUCAAACUAGGGAAGCUACAUCUUCAAGUAUCGCGAGAGAUCCGCCUCGCCCGGUCGACAACUCAACGAACAGUGCAGACAGUGUUGAUAAUAGGUCGGCAGACGACAGUAAUGAUGAUGAUUUACCGUUUACUUCUGUGAGAAGGCACGAUCGAGAAUCCAGUGCGACAAACGAUUCUCAUUCUAGAGAUGAGUUGUACGAGCGACUAAACAAUGUGUGGGUCGGUGUGGACGAAAGGUUGCGCGGUAACAACUCUCAAGAUCCGGAGAGGAGAAUAAAUUUAUGCUACAGAGAUCUCGUCGAUCAAUACGUGACGCUCGUAAGACGUUAUUUCGAUGUUUCUAGACGAAAUAGAGAUACGAUUGAUCGCGGUACUGACCCCAUGGAUAUGCCGGAGGCAUCGUCUUCUAAUUCCGAAGAGUCCAGUAAUAGAAAUGAAUCGGCGGCAACUGAAUCGUCUAUACGAAGAUUAAGGAACGAAUUGAAUUCCAGCGCCCAAGCGAAUAACACGAAUCUGGAGAGAUUGCAGCGAUGCCAGCGAUUAUUAAUGGAGCGUUCCGAGCAAGAAGAGAUCGGGACCACCCUUCAAAAUUUAAGAGAAGCUUUGAAUGCCGCCGCCGAAAAUAAUAGCUCAUGCUUAGUGCGAUUACAAAAAUUGCGGGAGAGGCUACAGCGACAGACCGCGACUUUAUUCGAGCAUUCUAACAAUCGUAAUUCUCGCCUUCAGCUGCUUCGAAACGCUCUAAACGAUGAGAUCGAAGCGCUUAACAAUAUGGAGGCACAAUUUACGAAUACUAGUUCUAGAAUUGAACGAUUGCGGGACGAGUUUACGAUGUACGGUAUUCUGCCGCGUAAUCGGCAUAUCGCGACCGAUCCUUCGCAGGUGAAUUUAAGUGACGCCGAAUGGAGAGCUCUUACUCCGAAUGACGGUCAAAUGCCCAGCACUAGUUCCACAUCAGCAAUGUCUUCGAGAUUACAAGAUUUGGAAUCAAAUGUCUUUCCUAGCACAAGUUAUAGUGAGAAUGAAGAGCGUGAUGCAACGUGGUCCAAUGCUAAUAGCAGUGAAAACGCUAAUACCUCGACGUCGAGAAGUACUGGAAGGGAGGCGAGGAGAAGACGAUUUGACGCCUUAAACACAGAAGACGAACCACCAAGGCAGCGAAAACGUAAAUUGGGUUAUUGGCCUAAUGACCAUGUUUCUACAUUAUCCUAUCUUGAGGACAGCUCAUCUUCGAGCGAUGAAGGUUACUCACGAGCAUCGACAUCUCGUAACGGCGCAUCAAAUUUCACAGUUUCUACUCACUCGGCAUUUCAGCCAAACGUACCCAAGUUCAUUGCUCAACGAGCGAACAGUUCACAAAAUCAAGAAAUGCUGACUAGUUCUUCCAGAUUUGACGAAACAGAUAGAAACAAUUUAUCUGAUAAUUUAAAUAACGAAUCAAAUGAAGAUAACAUUCAGGAUAAUAGUACGUCAAGAAAUGCGCGGAAUGCGCAAGAAUCGAGAUCUCAAGAACUCGGUCGUAGACAGGGAAAUUCACCCUUACUCAGGAGAGUGUUAGACGUUCUGCAAAUCCUUCGAAAUUUGCACGCGGAUCGGAUGGAGAGCAAUAAUACUACCCAGCAAGUGUUAAUGGAUGACUCAGAGAAUGGAUAUUGGUUGCUCGAAGAGAACAGUAAUUCCGAUUCAAAUCUGGAUGAUACUAACUCUAACACUAACUCGAGCUCUCGUCGGUGGACUAGUCGAUGGAUACAGCUGGACACUUCUAGCAGGAACUCUGAAUAUAAUAACGACUCACCAAAUUCAGAGCAAACUCUACCUACCAGACCCCUUUCGGAGGAUGCAGAUCAAAAUAUUAAUGAUGGACAGAGAGAGCAAAGGAAUCAGUUGUCACCCGUGUCUGCAAAUCCUACUCGUUACGAACAACCACCGUUGUUCCCGUUCAGAAGCUUACGAGAAAAUCAGUCCCAAAGAGUAGAACAGAAUCAAACAACCAAUACCAGUGGUUCCGGCAAUAGUCUGCCUCAAUCGCAGAUAUCCGAUUCGAGUGCAACGCAUACGAGAGAUUCAAGCGCAGACGCGGGAUUCGUGGAAAUGUCGAGAAUGGUUAACGAUCCUGUUGCAACGAGAAUCGCUAAUGUAACUAGCUGUGAGGGCGGAUCGACAACAAGUGACAAUAGGCAGCAGGAACAACCGAAUCAAGAUCAACGAAACAUGGAUGAUCCGGAUCUCGAUUAUGUUAUAGAUCCGAUAACGGUCGGUACCGAUAAUAUAGAUCCAAGAGAAAGUUCAUUAGGAGUUCGGCAAGGGAUUCAGUUACUUAGUCGUCAUAUUGACAACAUGCAUCGCUUGUGUCGAGCACGCUUGGAAAUAGUUCAGCUAUGUCAAGUACGUAAAAUGUGGGAAGAUCUACAACGACAAAUACGAUCGUUGCACGUGACAGUCCGCGUGGAGAGACGGAAUGGUGAUCAGGUAGAAAUGCAGCGAGAUAAUUCUACCGGCAAUCCUGGUCCGUCAACGUCGACUGCGAGUUCGUCAAAUGAAUCUGCGAGAAAUUUCAAGAAAGCGCUUUUGGAGAAUUAUCAGAGAGAAAGUAACGAGGGCGAUCGUGAUGCAAAAUCGUACGAUGAGAAUCAACCAUCAACGUCGAGCGGAGUGACCGGUCUCGAGAGGAAUCGUGAGGACGAGCCGACAUCCAGUACUCGCAAUAUCGAAGAGAGUACCAAUAUAAGUUUAUCAAAUCUGUUACCGAGCGACGCCGAGUUACGGCGAAUGCAGUGUCGUCUCAAACUGAACGAGAUGCUGGACGGUUUAUACGCGCGGCUGACAUCACGUUGUCAGAAUUGCGAUUCUCGCGUCACCGACGCACCGCGGGCGAUGAAUGAUCACACAUAUUCCAGUUUGACAUCCGACGGUGAUGUGCAGUUGCCUAGUAUGUCCAGUGUCGUGUCGAAUAUCGGAGCUAACUCGAAUCUGCCAGCAGUCACUGCGAUAACGACGACCGAGUCAGAGCCGUUGCCAAGCAUCUCGAGUUUCGUCAGCGGUCUCGAUCAUGCCGGCCCUAGCAGAUCCACCCAAGCGUCAGAUACGAAUGUUGAUUAUCUCGUGACUAAUGAUGCAGCCAGUAAUAACAAUAGGAAUAACGAUAAUAACGUCAAUUCUGAGCCUUUCACACAAUAUCCAACAAACCAAAAUGGGACUUCAACUCGUCCUGCGACUUUCAUAUCGUCAUCCGAUUUGUCUACCAUCAGACAUGACAGACUUGAUCGACGUGAAAGAUUUCGAAAGUAUUUUUUAAAUGUGUCGUUGAGACCGCUUUGUCGUAGACAAAGCCUCAGGUCUCAAUCCACUAAUAAUCCAUUUCGUUCUUGCGAGCAUAUUAGAAGACCAUGGCAUUUACGCAGGAACACGUCCCAGAAUAGUGGCAGCACUAGUACCGAUAAUUUAGAUGUGGGUAUUGAUAGAACGCGAGGCUCAAAUACAUCUGAAUAUUUGCAGAAGAUGAUCCUACGACUGGAAUUGUUAGUUCGACAACAAAGGGCCUUGGCUCGUAACAGUAAUAGAAGGUUGAAUAAUAAUAACCGCCAAUCGGAAACUAGUAGGGACAAUGAUAAUCGAGAGAUGGAAGAGAUUCGUGAAGCCACAAGAUUAAGGGCUAGACAAGUACUCGGCUUGAUGGUGCGUUCUUUAAUCCAAUUCUUUGAAGUGACGAGAUCAGGAAAUGGUUCUCAAAGCAAUGUUCUUUAUGAACAGAUGUACAAGUUGUACGUAUUGUUACAUCUGGCACUAGAACUGACAGAUUUAUUGCUGGCACAGUUGGUAAUAACAAGACGAGAGCUGGAAUCUAGUCAAUAUGGACCUUUUCCUUCCGAUUUACCGGUCGACAACCAAACCAGAAGCGACACGCGCGGUAAUAACAGCGUCGACAAUAGUUUGCAGACGGAAAGCCCGCGUCGUAUGAAUGAUAAUGUGCCGAGGCGAAACGCGGACAGAGAGAGGUUUCCGAGAAACCGCAGUGAAUUGCCAAGUGCAGAGGAACUCCUCUCGGCACGCGGAAAUAAUAUACGUUAUCGCAUUAUGGCGCGACGAUUAAAGCGGUUAUCUUACGGUCAUCGACGAGCAACUCAAAUCAUUAACAGUUUUUCCGAAAAUCAAACCAGCAAUUCAACGACAGCUAGACGUAGCGAUAACGGUGACGAUAACAAUUAUGACGAUAAUGCGCAAAACGAAGAUAAUCGGCAAUCAACUUCUGAAAACGCUCUAUCGGCGGAAGUGCAAAGUAUCGUGGAGAGAAUCCAAAGUAGCAGCUCGAUCGACAAUGACGAUCGCGGCGAGGCCAGAGCAGGAGUCGAGAAUCGUACGAUAGACGCUGCAAACGAGUCACGAAACUCGAACGAGAGCUAUCGACGAAGUUACAGAAAUGCUACGAUAUCCGAACCAGCGGUGAGACGUAUCAACGAAUCAAGGAGUCCACAGGAGACCGAGUCAGGUAUGCAUUCCAACGAGAGCUGGAGAAACUACAUUUCUUACACUUCGUCGGGAGAUGAACAAAGCGCUCGAUCAUCGCAUCCGAGACCGCGUUGGACUCGCCAAUACACGCGGGGUGCGUGUUCGUCGUUGCUCGAGCGUCCUUUGCACAGAUACAGCAAUUCCGACUCGAAUAACAAUCGCAGAUUCCCUCACAAUAGGGAAGGCGCAUCUCUUCGACGAGAAUUUAAUGUUCCCGAACUACAGGUGAAUAACGUGCCUGUGAACGAUCUGGAUAAUCUGUCCAAUAAUCCACGAAGAAGACAGAACACACCACCAACUCCGCCACAUACACCUCCACCAUAUUUAAUCAACAAUUUUCUCCAUAACGCCGGUAAUAGGAACAACGAUCGUACAAAUGAGUCGACAGAUCAGCCUGGACCAAGUUGGGCUGGACAGUCGAACAAUAAUAGAACUCGGGUAUUGACACCAACGUUUCUAACAUUAUGGCGCAAUCGGGUUGGGCCCACUUGGAUUCCUCGUUACACUGAAUUGGUGAAUAAUACAGGAUUACGAAUGGGAAGAGGUGUAAAUCCAGGUAAUGGUGGUAGCGGUGGUGAUGAUGGGGUAGGCGAUGGAAGAGGUGCAAGAGGAGGAGGAGGAGAAGGAGUAGAAGAAGGAGGAGGAACUGGAGCUAGAGCUGGAGUUGGAAUUGGAACUAGAUCUAGAACUGGAGCUGGAGGUGGAAAUGGAAAUGGAAGUAGAGAUAGAGAUAGAGAUGGAGGAGCAGGAGGAAGAGGAGGAGGAAGAGGAGGAAGAGGAGGAGGCGGAGGAGGAGGAGGAGGAGGAGGACAGGAUCCAGGAAAUGAUGACAAUGAUUAUUAUUGGGACUUUGAACAUCAUAUUCCUGUGGGAAUACCAUUCAAUCCAGCAUUGGAAAUUCAGAGUUAUCGUGUUCAAGCAUGGGACUUCUCCAACGGUGACAUACCUGAUAUUACAGAUUCUGAGAAAAACGUCGUGGUGCGCGAAUGUAAGAUUCAUAACGAUGCCAGUAUUGAUAUAUCUACGGAUGGGAAAUUGUUAGCAACGCUUCUGCAGUCGGGUCGUAUUAACGUGACAACCACGUUAGGUAUCUACAGCCUGCAGUGGGAAACACUGGGAGAAAAGAUUUACUCGACUAAUAUUGAUCAAACGGUAGUAUCUGUCUCGAUAUCGCCUACACAACAGCAUCUUUUGGUAGGUUUGGCACGUAGAAUUCAUGUACCCGCUAGGCCUUUUCCGAUGGCUUUGAUUUACAAGCUAAUGGAGAAACAAUCCGAUGACGAGAAGAACACUUUGUCGACGGAUCCGAAUAUGGAGUUGACAUACGAUUCUUCUGACGAGAUGCUUGAUGAUAACGUUGUUUCUACAAAUGCUGCGAGGCGUAAUGUUACAGCCAACACUUACAGACCGCACAGAGACUGGCGGAUUCGGAUGAGAAAUGAACUCGAUAUGGACAUCAAACGUCACAGGGAGAGCAUGGUGCUUAUCCGGGAGUUGUUGCAAAGCAGUCGGGAGGUCUCGAGUUACCUCAGUCUAAAUUGCAUCAGAUGGGCGCCACAACCGGGCCAGGGGAUGGUUUAUGCGACGAAUACCGGACAAUUAAAUAUUCUGCAGUGAUUCUACGUCUGUAGACGGAUGAUGGAAGUAAAUGUUCUCUUCGUAUUAUAAUGCUUACAAUGAAUGUUAUAUUACGCUUAAGACGUAAUACAGUAUCAGUUCGAAUUUCUUUUUGAUAAAUUAUAAGAAAGGAUAUGCCAAUAUGCGACGUGUGGUAGUAGAUUUUUAUCGUGAUCAAUUGUCAAUCUCGAUGGAUUGUAUAACAGUGAUAAGCGCAAAACUGCUGCGGACUACGAUUUGUAUUUUAUUCUUUUUUCCAUAAUGUGCUGUCAUUUUUUAUAUUCUGCAAAGAAUUGUAAGAAAUGCAAGAUGUGUAUAGAUAUAAAAUAAUAUAUGUUCGAGCAAUUAGUUAUUAUUGUAUAGUUUAUAUCUGGUUUUUAUAUUCCUAUAAUUUAAAAGAAACUAUUUGCAUCGUUUCUAUUAGACUGAAUUUGUAGUAUGAUACGAUUAUAUUAUAUCUUUUUUUAAGGGAAGUUUCUGUUGUCUCACGAUGUGAAAGUGCGAGAAAUUAAGUUGUUAUAUAAUAUUAAUAUGUAUUUACCAAUCGGAUAAACAUUAAUGCCAUCAAAUAAAUCACUAAGAACAUACUUCCCACUUUAAUCAUCUUAAUUAUAAGAAACAGCAAUUUAUUGUGCCAUCUCCUUGCAAUACAUUUGUAUUUGGAUGAAUUUUUAUCUAUUGAUAGUUUAUUAACUGGAAAGAGAUAUUUAUAUAAUUUUUUUUAGAUGAUUUUUGUUCAUUUUACUUUCGUAUUACGAGAGAUGAAAUGUUUAUUAAAAUUCCAUGUAUACUCUUAUACAUCUAUACAUAUAUAUUAAAAGUUUUGGCGUAGGAUAUAAUAUACAAAUGCAAAUAUACACAUUGAUUAUGUAAAUUAUUUCAGGCACAAUUUUAUUUUUGUAAGAAAUUGCGUGUCUUGGAAAUUUGGCGCUUUUUGGAAAGAUGAGAAUGGCUACGCUUGUGUAUACAAUCGUCUGGUUUUUCAAUACAAUUAUUGUAUACAUAGUCGAAUAACACGUAAUUGUAUUUCUGUGUAUAAUCAUUAUUAAUAAUAAUUUCUUUCCAAAAAACCAAACAUACGUUUUAUACAUUUUACAGUGUCAUACGUACGCACGUGCACAUACGCUUUCCACGUUUCCAAUCGCGAAUAAGAAUGUAGCAUUAAAAGAACAAAUAUUGAAAAUGUAAAGUUUUACAUUUUUUUCAAUUUUUAAAGAAUAUAAUUUUGUAUGCAAUAAUCGUCUGAAAGCGUUAUGUGUUCAAGGGGAAGCAUCCAUUCGGGCAAAAUGUAGAAGGAAGAGAGACUUUUGUUUUUUUCCUUUUUUAUAGUAUGUGAAAGAAGUAUAAGAAGAUACGACAGAAGUAUAAGUUUCAUAGUCUUAUAACAUCUGCCUCUGUAAUCGGACAAUAAAAUUUACAAUGAAAAUAGAUACAGGCAUGUUUAUGUGUGUGUGUGUGUAUAUACAAAACGAUAUAAUGUAUUGGUAUAUCUAUUUAUCACAAAUUCAUAUUAUAAAAGCAUCGGUCUCGUAUAAUAUGUUAAAUGUAAUACUUAUUAUAUGAAGUUAAAGUAUCGUAGGAAUCUAUACAGAUGCUAGGAUGGAAGACUUAAAGGCGAUUCUAAAGUAUCACCUUCAAGCGCAAAUGUAUUUUUUUUUCAGUGCUUGGGUAACUACUAACAAAGUGGUACGGUUUAUGAUACACACGUUUAUACGAAUCUUAUACGAAUUCGGCAAUUUAUUUACAGGACGCAAUAAGACUCGAAGAUUGUCUUUAUAAUGAAUAUCUAUUUAUAAAAAUAUUCAUGCGCGUGAAAAUUCUAUAAAGAUCUAGUUUUUAUCGGGAAAAAUUAAAACGACAAAAACGAACAGAAACUGCAGUGCAGUACACAUUCUUUUUAUGUGUGAGUAUGCAAUAGUCUGUACAAUAUAAUUUUAACAAUAUUUUGGCAUCGCACGGUGUGUUAAUUGCUCUGUAAAGUUUUACAAACACUUGCACGGCAUACAUAGCACGCACGUGUAUGUAUGUAGUUACCUAUAAUAUAUAGUAAUGCAGUAAAAA